AACAAGAUAGCUAUCGCCCUUAUCCUCAAGAAAUGGCGUUACAGAACUACACCCACCUUGAGACAUCCAGAAAUGUCCUUCUAAACAGAAAGAUUUACAUGACCCAAGGCGGGAAGGAAGGUAUUCGGGAGCCGACGACCAACAGGACACGAUUAGGAACGUCUCCAGCGGAGGAAUUCGGUCCUCUAGCAGCCACGUUUAGGCGGCGGUUGCUGGUUGGUUUUGGGUCAGCCUCUGUUGUGGCUUUUGGCGCAAAUUUUGCCGGAAUUACUAGUUUUCUUCUGGGGUUAGCGCCGGAGAGUGGCAGGAAUCUCAAGCUGGACGUGCUUUAUCCCAUCAAAGGAUACAGUCGAUGCAUCGAGACCGAUGAAGGAUUCGAAUUUAUAUACCCCGCGAGUUGGGUCGGAGACCAAACGUUGUUAUACAGAGCGGCGGAGAAAACAGAGAAGUCACUUGAUCCGCCGCCGUUAGCUAAUUUAAACUCCGGUGGCGGGCGACGCCAGAAGAAUGUCAAUGAACCAGUAGUUGCCUUUGGGCCUCCGAAUUCAAGCGGCGAGCUCAAUGUUAGCGUCGUCGUCUCACCGGUCCCCCUCGACUUCUCAAUUGAAGCAUUUGGUGGGCCAAAAGAAGUGGGAGAAGCUCUGGUUCGGACGGUAACCGGCUCCGGACGGCGUCCCGAUCUGAGAGGAACUCUACUGAAAUCAACUCUCAGAGAGGAUCCUCCAAAGAAUGUUAAAUACUAUGAGCUGGAGUUUAAAGUUGAAAGCACGUCGUUCCAACGGCAUAAUAUUGCAGUUUUUUGCACUCGCCGUGGCCGACUCUACACCCUGAACGCACAGGCACCGGAGUCGGAAUGGCCAGCAAUCGAGCCAGCCUUCCGCACAAUUGCGGAUUCAUUUAGUCUCACCUCUUGAUAUCUCCAGGCAACGACCUGGCAAAGCCAUUAUCUUGCCUGUCUAUGUAGAGAUUUUGAUUUCCUUAUGAAUCUUGUUACAUGGAUACAAAACAGGUGCCGGAGAUGAUUAGGAA